AUGAGAAAAGACAAAGAGAAAUUCAUCGAACAACAAAGUCUGAAAAUUGAAAAAAAUGCCGUCAACAACUCUACCAAAGAACUCUACCAAGGAAUCAAAAACCUGACAAAAUCUUUCAAACCAUCAGCUGAUACCAUCAAGUCAGAAGACGGGACAGUUCUCUGUGAUGGAGAUGAAAUCAAAGAAAGGUGGAAAGAGUACUGCAACAAACUGUACGAGAAGAACGACAACUUGCCACCUAUCCAUCUCGAUCUCACGGUUUCUGAACCAGAACUUCCACCCCUUAUUGAUGAAGUUAAAGAAGGAAUCAAAGAUCUUAAAAACGACAAGAGUUCUGGAACAGAUGAAAUCACCGCUGAAUUAAUCAAGAAUGGAGGCCCGAACAUCGAAGCUUUCUACCACAAACUCUGCUGCAAAGCCUGGAAUGAACAGAAGUGGCCUGCUGAUUGGUUGAAAUCCUUCUGA